UCAUGGAUAAUGAUGGUGAAAUAAUUUGGUUCAGAUCAUCUGACCAUGUAUCAUAGAAAUGCAUUUACUUUUCUUUAGAUUUAAUGGACCCAUUUAUUUUAUUUUAAAGACCCUGAACACAGAGAAUGACAGGAAGGAACCAAACUGUCAUCUCAGAGUUCCUCCUCCUGGGUUUGCCUGUGAAGCCAGAGCACCAAAACCUGUUCUAUGCCCUCUUCCUGGCCAUGUAUCUUACUACUGUUCUGGGAAACCUCCUCAUCAUAAUCCUCAUUCGACUGGACUACCACCUUCACACACCUAUGUAUUUGUUUCUCAGCAACUUGUCCUUUUCUGACCUUUGCUUUUCCUCUGUCACAAUGCCCAAAUUGCUGCAGAUCAUGCAGAGCCAAGACCCAUCCAUUCCUUACAUGGGCUGCUUAGCCCAAAUGUACUUUUUUUUGUUUUUUGCAGACCUGGAGAGCUUCCUCCUUGUGGCCAUGGCCUAUGACCGCUAUGUGGCCAUCUGUUUCCCCCUGCACUACACCACCAUCAUGAGCCCCAAGCUCUGUCUCUCCCUGGUGGUGCUGUCCUGGGUGCUGACCACAUUCCACGCCAUGUUGCACACCCUGCUCAUGGCCAGACUGUGUUUCUGUUCGGACAACGUGAUCCCUCACUUUUUCUGUGAUAUGUCUGCUCUGCUGAAGCUGGCCUGCUCUGACACUCGAGUUAAUGAAUUGGUGAUAUUCAUCAUGGGAGGCCUCAUUCUCGUCAUCCCAUUCGUACUCAUCAUCGUGUCCUAUGCACGAAUUGUCUCCUCCAUCCUCAAGAUCCCUUCUGCUAAGGGUAUCCGUAAGGCCUUCUCCACCUGUGGCUCCCAUCUCUCUGUGGUGUCACUGUUCUAUGGGACAGUUAUUGGUCUUUACUUAUGCCCGUCGGCAAAUAAUUCUACUGUGAAGGAGACCGUCAUGGCUAUGAUGUACACUGUGGUGACCCCCAUGCUGAACCCCUUCAUCUACAGCCUGAGGAACAGAGACAUGAAGGGAGCCCUGGGAAGAGUCAUCUGUAAGAGGAAAAUUCUUUUAUCUCUAUGAUGGUAACACUUGGGAUUAUUAUGCAAUUUUAUCCAGUAGAUAUAUUGACAUUGAUAUUUGAGUAUUAUUCCAGACCUUUUUCCCUCACAUGGAGAUUUGUGCUUAAAUGAAAUAUUACAUAGUUGCCCAAUAAAUAAAACAGAUGAAGUAAAGGUGUAUAGUUGAACUAGGAAGGGGUUCUCAGUAAGUUAGUAGGAAAGUUUUCUUCUUUGUUAAUAACAGGUGACCCUGAGGAGGUAUAAUUUUAAAUAUUUUAAUUCAGAUUUAUGUCCAGCUAUUAAACCACUUUAAUUUUUCAUAUGUUCUUUUUAAAAACUAAAACAUUUGUUUUAAAUGAUACUCAUUCCUUCCAUGUCCAUACUAAGACCAAAACAUCUCAGUCCCUUGCUCCUCCUGCUAAACUUUUUAUUGUUGAAUAAAAAUUCUUAUGUCUUCCUAUGCAAGUGUUCACAUCAUUCUGUUUUUAAUCCUUUUUUUUUCUCCUUAAUUUUUAUGUCUGCAUUGUCCUUUUUUUUAACCUGACCUAAACCUAAAUGAACUUUAUUUUCUUUGCUGCAGUUUAGUUUGUCUUUAUCUAGGAGCUCAGUCAUACCUGAGGCCCUAAAAGUUACUUCUUCAAGCAUGGGAAAGGGAGCCAAAGUCUGCUUAAGAACCUCAUUCAUUCAUUUAAUUAUGUUAGUUAUUUUAAUAUUUUUUAAAAAUUAAAACAACUGUGCAUAUUUAUUGG